AGAUGCCUUCAUCUUUCACAGACUGGUUUUUUGUUUUGUGGUUUGACGAUUCUUUAAAGAGGAUAAAUGAAUUUGCCACACUUAAAUCAAAUAGGAACCAGAAAAUAUAUGUCCACCAACGGUUGCAGCGACGAUAGGUCAUAUACUGUGUCCUUAUCUGGUCAUUGCGAUCUACAGCAUUCAUAAAUUUGUUGUAGUUCGAAAGUUGGAUUGGGCACAUAACUGGAACUCUUGUUCCAUCCCUCUGCUUUCAAGCAACAGAUGAAAUUUUGGCAGACGGGUUGACGUUGGCCGAGAGAAUCCUCACUAGCUUUCGAGACUUUUUCUCUCGCCAUGCCACAACUGACAAAGCCGAUCCCCCUUUCUGAAACUGGAUGUAAGAUCCAGCUUCCUUGCAUAUUUUCUUUCCUUUUAUUUCUUGUGGGAAUCCUUUGGCAUUUGACUUGAUCGUGCCACACAAGUAAACUCCUUUUUUGAAACGUUCCUCCACACCCGCAACAGUGGUGAAAUUGUUAUCGGUGUAACCGUGGUGUCCCUUGUUUUCAAUAUUUUCGGUCAGCUCCCUUUUUGACCUAGAUUUUUCUCUAGCUCUUUGCCUGUGGGUUUUCCUGUGUAAACAAAAAAUUCUUUACAGAAACCAUUCAGUGAGUCUGCCCUCAUUCACACUUUGAUGCCGUAUUUUGUUGGUUUGGCAGGCAAAUACUGCUUCAAGCUGGAACGCCCUCUAAACUUUAUCAUGGCCUCAUCAAUAGCAAAACAUUUAUGAGGGUUAUAUGCUUUCAAGCAAUUUUUGCGAGCAGCAUCAAGGACAGGUCUCACUAAAAAGAGUUUAUCAAAGUGUGGCGAACUUUUGGGAGGCAUUGUUGUCCUAUCAGCAACAUGAAAAUAUUCGUUAAUUUUUUGGAAUCUAUUCCUCGACAUCAGAUUUGAAAUAAAAGAAUUUCCAAAUACUGAUUUUUUGCUCCAAUAUUGCCCAAAUGAUGGAAAGUUCACAAUGCUCAUAUAAACUCUGACUCCCAGAUAAAGUUUGACUUCUUCUACAGUUGUUUGAUACCAACCGUUGUCUGGAACCAAUGGAGAAUGGCGUUUGUGGAGAGCAUACUUGUUCGUCUCAGUGCUAAUGUGAGCGUACAGUUCCUUUGGAUAGAGAAGUUCGAAAAAGUCAAUUUCACUUGCAUCUUCACCCAGAGAUUUUGUUGGACCAACUGGUGAAGUAAACUCUACAAAAUUGUCGAAGUCUUUCAAAUUCUUUGUCCAAUUGCCCUCUUCUGUGAUGAUUUCCUCAUCACGCUCUUCCCUCUCACUAUCUUCCGUGUCGCUUAGGCCUAGCGAAUCAGCUGAUGAACCAUCAAUGUCUAUAUGGCUCUCUUCUUCGACAUCAACGCCCCUCCAUCUCUCCACCAGUUCGAAAUUCAGUUCUUCAUCUAAGAAGCCAUAAAUUGGUUCUUUGUCCAUUUGAAUUGAAUUAGCCAAUCAAAUACAGUUUUCGUAAAAAUACCAUUGUUUUUCAAGGACAACUGUAGUCGCUAUUGUACUGAAGAAAAUGUGUGACAACUACAGUUGCUAGCAGGGGAUGACGACUAUAGUCGCUAUGGGAGUGAAUGAGUUAAUAGAACAACAGCAAUAUUUCUUCUUGAUUUAGAGGAGAAAAUGUAAAUGGAGAUAGUGAUUGCGGUUAUUUGCUGGAAGGCGGCACAAGAGCUGUGGGAUGGCUUUUGCAACAGAUUGAAAAAGAAAUUUGCAAAAAAUAGGUUGACAUAAACAAAGAGCAAGAAUCUCGGAAAAGAAAGAAGCCAGCAACAUAGGAUAUGUCUUGGUAAUAAAUGUGUUAAAAUAUUACCUGUUGUAACCUUUGUUUGAGGAAUUUAUCUUCAAAUCAAUGAAGAUAUUUCUUAAUCUUUGGAAUACCUUUGAAACUUUACUCAUGUAACGGUUUGGCUUUCGUAUUUAAUCAAUUUUUGUAAUAUUCCUGUUACAUGUUAUAGUCACAUGUUCUGACAAGAACCCUUAUCGUUACAUUUGCUGACAGGAGAAGGAUGGUGGUGAAGUAGAGAAGUAGAGUCGGAUGGUGGUGAAGAGAAAUUAGGCUGAAGGAGGAGAUUUCGUUUGGACUUUGGCCCGAUAUCGAUGCUUUUUCUUGUGUUGCUGAUUAUUGCUGUUUUUUUUAAACGUUUAUUUUGUCACUGUUCCCGAUACCCUUGAAUAAAAGAGAAACACGUGGUGAUGGAAUUCUUGAGGUUUAAAGGACGUUUUUUUCUAGAUUGUAGUUGAGCGUGUGCUGGCCAUGGAGGGUUGCAGCAGAAGGGCAGCUGAUCCUUCAGAUUAGACUUUAUUUUCAAAGGAUGUCGUUUUGAAUUGGAAACAUCGGGCGAUGAAGUAGAGACUACCUUCGCUUGACAGUUUUGCCUCCGUGCCUUAAUGACUCUUUAGACUUUUUACUUUUAGUCAUUUUUAAACUUUGAGAAUUUUCACCUCAGUGUAUCUACAUUUUAAGUAUCUACAGAGGGGAUAGUGUAACGGUUUGGCUUUCGUAUUUAAUCAAUUUUAGUAAUAUUCCCGUUGCGUGUUAUAGUCACAUGUUCUGGCAAGUCAUGCUGUGUAAGUGAACAACGCCUUUUUAUGGCAAUGUGCUUGUCUUUCAACAUGUAGUGUUGUCUUGUUGAUUAGCUUCGGUUUAUUUUAUUUGGUUAUUAGUUUGUGUUGAUCACGUUAUAAGUUAGUCUUACUAUUUUUACCAUAGGGAUAACAUCAAAUAACGAGUAUCUCUUGUGUGCUAUCUAUUUGGGGCUAAGGCCCGUUGGCCUAGCCCAUUGCUCCACUAACGAGCUUGGUUAUUAACUGGUUCUUCACCGUCAUAACAAGAACCCUUAUUGUUACACUCAGAUCAAGACCCUGCUGAUGAGUCCAAAUUAUUUCAAUUGCUAAUGAAUGAACUUGGGGUAAAGAGACUUAAAAAACAAGGUACAGGUGACAAGCAAAUGGAUUAACAGAACAAUCAAAUAACGGAACUAUCAAACAAUACUUACUGUUCACAUAGAAGAUUCUAAGGUCUGGGAUCUGUGGAUGAGAGAAUUGGCAUAUUGUUAUAAUAGUUCUGUCCACACUUCAAGGAGAUAUAGUCCAGCUAAACGCAUUUUUGGGGGAGGAAAGUACAGAAUUCCUCUGGAUAUUCUUUAUGGGAACUUGAUGUCAUAUUUUGGUAGUGAAAACUUUGCAAUAAAUCAAUUUGAGAGUGAAUUUUGAAAAAUAUAUAUAAUUGCUCAUGAAAAGAGGAAGGCCAGACAAGCAAAAGCUGCAACAUAUAUUGAUAAGAAGAUAAUUGACUCUGAAUUAAAUGUAGGAGAUAAGGUUUUUAUAUGCCUACCGAAACUUUAGAUCUAUCGCAUAUUUAUAACCGAAACUUUCCGAUAUCUACCACAAAGUUGAAGCCAAAAUGGAUUGGACCAUAUGAAGUAGUCAGGAAUGAGCAUCCUUAUUAUGGCGUUUUGAUUGAGAAGACAAGGGAUCGAUUGAGGAAAGUAACAAAGAACUUCAGUAAAUCAGAAUUAAAUUUUUACUUCAAGUCUAAUGGCAACAAAGAAAAUGACACAGUUGAUAUCGAAUCAGAUGAUGAUGAUGAUUAUGACAACGAUAUUGAAUAGGGAAAGCAGCCUCAAUAUAACUUACAAAAUUGAUGAGGCAAUUAAUAUUUAUCGUCAUUAAUUAUGGAAUUAAACUUUGCGUAAAAUAAAAAAUCCAUAUUUUUAUAUACAUUCGAUUGUCUUAGGCCUAAUGGUAAAAAAAAAUUAUUGGAAGUGAUCGAUCUUCUUUGUAGUGAACAUGUAGUCUUAUUAUAAGGGGGGAGGAAUUGUUGUGGUUGUUGUGUUGUUGUGUUGUGAUUGCAGCUGCAUGUCAUUCGGGUGAUUGGUUGUAAUAAAUAGUACAGUACUUAUUCAAAUUUUCGGAUUUCUAGGGACUCAUUAUUUCAAGAUUUGUGUGGAUAAUCAGAAAUUCUUGAUAAUUGAAAACAUACAAACAACGGCAGAAACCAACAUAAAUAAACAGGAUGAUUGUUGUGAAAGUUUAUUUCAAAGCACACAUUACAAUCUAAUGCACUCAAUACUCUUAAAAUACUCAUAAAAUAUUUAGAAUGGAGAGCAACAAGAAUUCUCCCCACAUAUUAUAAAAAAUUAUGAACAAUUUCCCAAGGUUUUUCACAUUUUUUACGACCUGCUAAUCGAAGUCCAGAUAAACAGUGGGUCGGAUAAUUGAAUAAUUACUGUAUCCUAUUUUUAAUUGUAUUUAACACAAGUACAUAUUUUUAGAGAAGGAUUUUUAAGAGGUAUUCAGGAAACGUUUUAAGGAUAAUUUCAAGAAAGCUUUAAUGGUGUAUAAAUAAUCCUUUCAAAUAGUUACAUAUUCACUAAGUAUUGUCAUUAAGUAUACCAUAAUUGAUUUUAUAUUUGAUUGAAACAAUUCUGUUUCUACUUGAAUCAAGUCUACCAUAGCUGACACACAAAUAAACUUGAAAAAUGGAUCGUGUUUUACUUAAAAAAAGGAAAUUGGGAAUAGGGGGCAUGCAAUAUAUUAGAAUUAAGUGUUGUUUAUGUUUGGAACAUAACGCCUUUUCACUGGAUUCUUGCAGACUUUGCAACAUGAUAUCCUCUUCUUGACUUUGAAUAUUCAUGAUUACAAGCAAAUUUUAUGAAUAACAAGCAAAUUUUAUGAAUAAAAAUAUGAAUUUAGACUGAAUAAAGUUUUGAAUAGGACCCAAGAGCCAUCUGCAAUUAAUUAGAUUCCUAGAUUAGAUUCCUUGAUUCUUUUGCUAACACGAAAUAUGCGAAUAACACGAAAAGCUGACUUUUUAUUAUAACCUAUUGACUUCAUAUACAGAGUAAGGUUUGUUUAGAACAAAAAAUUUGGUUGCUAUGCGACAUGAUGUCACACUUUAGUUCCCUAUGAUGUUUUGGCGUGGUUCCUUGUCAAUAAUUGAGAUCGAAUUGUGCCAUAAACAUCUUUUAAACAAGAAGAACCCUUUUUCAGUUAAAAAAUUCUUUUUGAGUCUUGGGCCAUCCCUGGGAAAAUCAAAACCUCUAGAGAAAGUCAGCACCUGUGCUCAAAUAUAUUGAAUUUGCUUUAAUAAAAGGAAAUUCUUUUAAAUUAAGAAAAUGACUUGAGUCUCAAACUUGCCUUUAUACCAGUCAAAAGAAAAAUCUGAAAAGUACAUUUUAGUUGUUUUGAUAAAAAUUAAAUGUGGUCCAAUUUAUUUCCUAUAUAGGAGAGAGGAUAGAGAGCCCAGCACCCAUUCAAGGGUCUGUCGCUGUCAUUUCAGAAAUGGAGUGUUUUGGGCCUGAAAUUUAUGCCAGAGAUGCUGAAAAGAUUUUUCCAUCCUCUAGUAGCAAGCCACAAGUCAAAAAAAGAAAACAGAGCGAUGAAGCAACAAUUGCAGAUAUUGUAGCUAGGUUUUGAGAAAAUGAGCAACAACCAGUUGUUGAUCAAGAUGUGCUUCCCCUUAACGAAGUUAUACUAAAAGCUGAGCUGGAACAAACAAGGAAUGACCUGGCAGAAAGAAAAGAAGGAGCCUCUUACAAAAAAAAAAUUAUGCUGCAUGCACUCUUAGUGAAGAGAUCAUUUGCAUGGAAACUGGACUGCCCACCAAAGAAAUUUUCCAAAUUGUUGUCCGUCAUGCAGAAAGAUUUAAAUAAUCAAUGGUGUAUUAUGCAGGGUGGAAAGUUGUCAGCAUUUCAUUUGAGGAUCAGAUUUUCAUUACACUUAUGAAACUUUGUCAAAAUUAUACAUACCUACACUUGGCUCAACGUUUUUUUUGCUGUGUUGCUACAAUUUCAAACAUUAUAUUCGUUAAUAGUAUAGUAACAUAUAAUAUUAACAGUGCUAAACUAUUCUGAUGGCAUUAACAUAGUGUACGCUACCAAAAUGUACUGUGUAGAUAAAACUUGCACCCCAAAAAAAUUUCCUGAAACUGUGCCUUGACGAUCUCGGAGAAGGAGAUUGUGAACAAGUCUGGGUUGCUUAGCAAAAUGGAAAUUGGAGACUUUAUACCAGCAGAAAAAAUGUUUUCGAUACACGAAAUGGUACCUUUGGGAGUUUCUGUUAAUAUUCCACUUUUUUUGCAACAUGGAAAAUUUACAGAAAGUGAAGGUGCAGCAACAAAAAACAUUGCAAGGUGCAGAAUUCAUGUCGAGCAUGUAAAUGCAAGGCUGAAAGAUUUUAAAAUACUUGGAUUUGUGCCACCCUAUGUACAAAGCCAUAUCGACACCAUCUUUGAGCUUUGAGCAGCAUUGGUUAACCUGCAGUUUCCUUUAAUUAAAGAAUGCUGUGAAUCAACUGACUUUGAUUUUUUCCCUAAAUUUAUUGAUAUAUUUGUAACAUAGCAGUAGAAACAGUUGUAAGUUAAAGAAGCAACAUACCAAUGUAUUUUUUAAAACAGUUCAUCAUUCAUUAUUUUUGGUAGGAUGUUGCCAAAAUAAAAAUUCUUUACCUUUUCAAUAUUUUUCUCCCAAGAAGGAUCCCUAUUUUUUUGGUGAUUUCCAAUCAUGAUAGUGUCCACACAACAAAAUAGCAGUUGUUUCUAUUUGUGAGAUACAUUUCUCCUUGUACCUGAUGCCAAUAUAAACGAUCUUUCUUCAAAAGAUACAAGGAUCCUUCCUUUUGUAGACGUAAUGUCUUGCUUUUUAGUGCCUCUUCAAGUGCCUGAUCUUUUUUCUGUAUAGGGGCACUUAACUUCAAAAACAUGAUCCAAAAGUACUAAACCAUCAUGCGAAGCACCAAAAACCCAAGAAGAGUCAAGCCAUAUUCCUGUGCUCACAAGCUCUAGCUUGGUUCUUUUAGAGAAUGCACAAAUAGCCUCAGCUUCAGAUUUAACUCCAGAUAGAUCAUACUUUCAAAGAAUUUGUUUAAUUAAGGAAGGUGUUACCCUCUUGGCAUUCAGGACUAAGCCAAACCUACUUGUUGUUAGCCUUUCUUUUCUAACAAGAUGCCACUGUGGAUUUUUCCUCCCUCCAACAGUAAGUUGACUAGCUUGCUAGCUGACUAAUCUCCUGUUAGUUGACCAAAAGUUUGCAUUUUAUAAAACCAAGCCUUCCAAGAAAUGAAGAAUUUCCAGUCUUUUGCUUGAAAAGACAACUUCUUUGACCAAUUUUACUUGAGCCUUCUCUUGCUUUUGAGGCUCAGGACUUAAAAGCCACCACAGGCCUGUAGAUCGGCCAUAAUUACACAAAUCUGCAUAAAGUGCAAAUUUAUCUUCAUCAUCUGGCUCCCUUGUGAGUGGAACAUAUUCUGGACCUCUCGGUUGAUAAAGUUCGGAUACUACAUGUGUGGAAAAAUUGUCCGUCUUCUGCUUUUUCCAUGAACACUCCACAUCCGUCACACUAAUGCUGUUGAUGGUAUGAAUAAAAAGGGCAGCUGCAUGGCUACACUUGAAUUCACCUCUAGGGCAUUCACACUGUGUUGAUUUUAUUAAGUAGCUCUCAUCAACAUAUACCUGAAAAAAUAUAUGUAUUCAAACAAGAAUGGAUUUUUUCAACAGAUGGAAUAAUCAUCAUAAUUACUUGUUGGAAAAGGUCAGAAUAAUAUUGAUAUUUCAAUUAGAUUUUUUUAAUAGAUACCAUAAAUCUUAAAUUUUUUUACUCCAUCUUUAAUGAGCUUCAUGCUGGAAUAGACCCAACCCAAACUGUGAAUUUUAGCAUUUUCAUAUGUUCACAUGGUAGCUAAUUUAUAUACAGCACACUCCAGUAUAACAUAUUAAUUAAAUCCAUAAUCAACCAUCGAUAGGUAUCAAAUUAAAACAAAACAAAAAUUAAGCAUUUUCACAAUUUUGGAUAUAAAAUCAGCUGGCAAAUCAAGUGAAACACACUUCGAAACUGACUUCGAGAUAAUAUUUAAAAGCCAUCUUCCCCCUCUCCGGUAUAAACACCCCUUCGAAUUUGGCCUCAUCCAAAAACGCCGCAAUUUGACAAGCCCCUCCCUAAAUGAGUCUAAUUUGAGAAUUUAUGGUAGCAUUCACAAAUCAUUUUACAAAGGUUGAACUCUGGAAAUCAGUGCCCAUCAUGGGCAGUGCCAUUUACACGAAUGUACAACUAAAAAAUAUUUAUCCAUAGUGUGGGUUCAACUCAUUCUGACCUGUUACAUUUAUAAGGGCUAGGAAGCUAAAAAAUCUAUAAUUUCUGGCCAACAGCUUUUGAUUUAAGUUGUAUGACCCAAGAGUAGUGGAAAAAAAGCUUAUUGAAGAUGCGCUGGAAGGACGAUUCCGAUUAAGGCCACCUUUUUAGCAGGGCAACGGCAUUAUGAAUCGAUAGAAAAUCGGACCACUUUAUUAUCUUGUUGGUCCAUCGUUGAUAUAAAUAAGCCACAAACUUUUUAAACCCUUUUUAGGCUAGAUUUUAUUCACUUAUUAUCAUAAACCUAAAUCUAACUAAAGUUUUAGAGACUGCAGGCAUCAGUAAAUAUUAAAAACUCAUCGUAACAUAGACCUUGCCCUUCAUGCUAGCGCGAACCUCACCUUUCAGAACUCCAGGAAUGUAUGCAAUAGACUCUACAUGUCCAAAUUUUUAAUGAUUUUGACCUCUAGAAAUCGAUUUUCUUUCGCCUUCAAAGAAUAUACACAGAGAGGUAAUAAAGAACGCCAUAUUUGUUGGUUUGUUUAGAACAGAAAUUUGGUGACGGAGGCAACGUGACGUAUUCACUUUGCCACUCUAUUCUGUGUCAAAACAAAGAUGGUGUCAGGCAAUUAUUCAUCAUCAUCAUCAUCAGCUCCAUAGCCGAGGCGGCCGUGGGUGCACCCAGUUCGUGAUAGCCUUUCUACAGCCUUCCCGAUCAACCGUCAUACUUCUCAAGGUGUUGCCUCUUUCUCCCGUCCACUCAGUAAUAUUCCCUAUCCAGUUUCUCUGUGGUCUCCCUCUGCCCCUGCUUCCCUCCAUUCCGCCUUCCAUCACAGCUCUACCAGUUCCUCCUCCACGAACCAGCUUCCUCCUCUUCACCACAUCCAUCACAUCUUCCGGUUCAUAUCCACAUAUCUCUUUGAUCUUAUCCAUUAUCCACUCAUUUGUCUUCCUGUCUUUCCAAGUUACUCCCAAUAACCGCCUGUAUGACUUUAUCUGCAUUGCUCUUAUUCUUUGCUCAUCUGCUCUGCUUAUCAUCCAGCUCUCACAAGCAUACAGCAGGUUUGCCAACACUAUGGACCUCAUUUGGAAAUCAGAAGAUGUAACAAUGAAGAACAAGUUGAUGCUGCUGAGGUCCAUAGGCAAUUAUUACGGUGAUAAAAUUUUGAAAAGAAGCAAAAAUGUUAAUGCCAUAUGGAAGCAAAAAAUCAUUGGUUUCCUAUCAUUGGGCACCAUGGAUUUUUGGCCACAUCUUUCCUAUCGAUGGUAAACGCCCUUUUUUUAUAAAGGAAGCCACUCCUUAGCAUUUCAUUUUUUAAAGGCAUUUGACACUGUCAAUCACCAAAUUUUAUUGUCUAAGCUUGAACAUUAUGGGUAAUGCUGUAAUGAAGUAAUGAAUAAUACGACCAUUGCAAAAAUCAAAUGGUCUAUAUUUUUUUUUAUUCUUGCUGACAAGUUACUAACUGUUCCAAUAAGAAGCAAAUGCCUCUUGUUGUCAGAAAUGUUGAUGGUAGUAAUAUUAUCCAAGAAAAAUUCAACAAGUUCAUUUAUUACGAUGAAAGUGUAUCAGGAGAAACCCUUAAAGAUAAGAUCAUUGACUGUUUGGUAAAUGAAUUGAAUCUUGAAAUUGAAAAAAGGUAUGGUCAGUCUUAUGAUGUAGGUGGUAACAUGGCUGGUAAAUACUAUGGUGUAGCUGCCCUUAUUAUGAACCUGAAUACUUUGGCACUGUUUACCCACGGUGCAUCUCACAGGCUCAACUUGUGCAUUUCUGCUGCAUUUGAUGGGAGAUGCCAUUUUUAUAUAGGAAGCCACUCCUUAGCAUUUUAUUUUUUAGAGGCUUUUAGAGGCAUUUGACACUGUCAAUCACCAAAUUUUAUUGUCUAAGCCUGAACAUUAUGGCAUCCGUGGAUGUGCUUUGGACUGGUUCAAAUUUUACCUUUUUCAGAGAAACAAUAUGUGUCAAUUAAUGGACACAAUUCCAACCUGCUUACAGUGAAUUGCAGUGAUCCUCAAGGAUCAGUUUUGAUGAUUAAACUAAAUAAAGCCACAAAUAUAUUGCACAAGUCACAGGGCAAAUGGCAGUAACUGGACUAAGGCAGGCAUACUUCGUUGUAUACAGAAAUAAAUGUAUUUUUGUAGAGAAAAUACAAUUUGAUGAACGUCACUGGCAAAAAAUAUGCCCAAAUCUUAUGAUGUUUUUUAAAACAUAUAUCCAAAGGUACUUGCUUGGAAGCAUUGAAAUAUUUACUUGUCCAAUUUGUGAAGAGCCAUUUCUAAAUGAAAAAGAGCUUGAUUCUUUUUAAGAAAACAGCAUUCGAUGUGUCAUAUGUGAUGCUUGGUACCAUUGGGGAUUGCAACAUUGAAGAAGAAAGUGAUGCGUACAAGGAACACAGAAUACAUGUAUCAAAUAGUAUAUUACUUGCUACACAUUACCUAAAGGCGUCAAAUAUGCCUCCAUCUUCAAAGAAGCCCUACCCUUGAAUAAACCCCCCACCCUAUAAUAAUUUAUCAAAGUUUACAUCUAGAGGUUUAUUAAAGGACUUAGGAGUAAUGCGAUUAACAUAAACUAAUAAUUUGUUUUUGUAGAAAAGAAUAGUUAACAAGUGAUAGUGUUAUGAUCAACAAUAUGAAAAUAUGUUUUGUACAACAAGCUUUUAGCUUGUUAUAUGAAAAAGGUUGAAUGUACACGAGAGGGCAUAGUGCUCAGUGGUCUCAAAAACUUUCCAAAAUCAUGAUAGUACAUUGUCAUCACUUCUACUAGCCAGUUGUUUACCAAGAGGAUUACUGCAUGUUUUAGUUAAAAUUGAAUCUUUUUACUUGAAUAGCUAAAACAGGCUAGGUAGAAUAUAUAUAUAUAUAUGUCUUAAGGGGUUUUAUUUUGAAAAUUAUUCUCAAAUUAAGCACUUUUGGCUAUGCAGAACCAAGUUUGCUAAACCUCUGGAACUGUCGUUAAAGAGUGAAACAUAUCAUUGGCUAUAUUCUCUUAGAAUACAAUGACGUUAUUAUAUCAUCAGAACAUGUUAUCAGAACAAAGAGGUGGCAUAAAAUUUGUUAGAACUGCACAAACUGACACAAUGUUAUCAAUAAGAGGAGCAAAGAAAGAGGCAUUCAUUUUCAAUAUGCGAAAAUUCUUCAUUCUUCCUAUUGCUAGCUCAACAUUUAUACGCACAUUUGUUAUCCUGGAUGUCUGUUGAACACCAUUUUUUGCCAUUUGCAGUUCCCUGUGCUUUGAAGGAGGAAUUGCAAGAGUACACUGAUAAAAGGCCAAAAUGUCUCUUAUUUUGAACCCUCUUGGUCUCCUGGUUGGAGCUCUCUAAAAAAUCCAGCAUUUUUUACAAUGUGGACAUCUGUAGCUCUACCUCCACAACAACCUGAUAGGUAGCUUAUGGCUCCAUUUGGGGUUAUUCCAACCAAGUAUUUUACUGUGGAAUGAUGCUUGUAAUUUGACCAGCAGGCAGCAGCAUUGUCUAGGCUUGAUGGUGUCUUAAUGAACAGUUCAGAGCAGUCUACCAUUACACAAUAUUUCGGGCAGUACUUUCUGAACAUGCUGGGUAUGUUCUUUGAAUAAUAUGCCUAUCUGUCCAAUGAAUGAACCAUUUCAUUUCAAGGCACUUAAUGGCGGUCAAGUUGUAAAAAUACAACUCAAUUAUCCUUUUGAAACCAUAAAUCUCUGAGCCAAAUCAUUGUGAGCAAACCUAAUCAAGGACACAUUAAUAGCGAUAGUAGCUUUUGAUCCACUGAAAGAGAUCUUAACGUAGCAUUUUUCAAGCCUUACUUGAGAAGUAUUUUUCUUUCCCUUCCAACAGUGCAUUUUUGUAACCUUUAUGAAAGUAAUUAAAAAACCAGCUUGAAAAUUGAUGAAUUUCAAAGGCCUGUAAAAAGGUAACAUCACAAUCUCUAUUCAAAUCAGCAAAAACCAUGGCUGAUUGGGAUCGAAGCACUGUAAAGCUUCGGAAGAUGGUGGCUGAGCAACAUCAGCCAUUCAGUUCUGUCUGCUUAGCCGCUUUUUCGGAAAAGGCUUUGAAGCACUUGUUUUUUGAGAUUUGAAGACCAAUUGGUCCCUUUUCCACCUCCUUCACCCACAACCUUCUCUUCUUGGCAUCUUUUGGAAAGUAAUAAAACUUCAGCUCUUCUAUGUUGCUUCCCUUAACUAUCUUGUCUGGAUAUCUUGAAUCGUUAUUACAGCCCUCAACAUAACAACCCAACUUUUGCAUCGUAUCAGCCGUAAUCAUUUCAAUAAGCACACUUUGGUCAAGGGGGAUCCCACUUUGCUUGAGCCGCCUUGUUCCUGAGAUUGACUCUUAACUCUCGAUUUUUAUGUUGCGAGCUCGACCCAGAAUUAAAAGGUAAGUUUUGUUCAACACAUUUGUAAUACAGUGUUAUAAACUUAAGCCUGGUUUUCAUAUAUCGUAAUUCGUCGGCGAUGAUCCCCAAUGCACAGCACUCCCGAUGGUCCGGGACUAUUUCCGACGGUCGGGGACGAUCCCGAAGGUCGGAGAUGUUUCCUGAUGGUCGGGGAUGAUCCCCGAUGCGAAAGACAGUAUUUGAGCGCCAAAACUACAGUUUGGGAACAUGGCUGCUGAUAAAGGCCAGUUAGAAAUCCAAGGUCAACUUUUGAUGCCAAUCGCUCUAUUGCGAAAGAAAAAGCGGCUACUGCAAGGCAAGAAAUACAGGAAGAAGAGAUUCUGGGUCAGAAAAAUAUUUUCUGCUCGUAAACAGUUCGGCCAGUUUGAAACGCUUGUGCAGGAAAUGAGAAUGGUGGACAGCAGAGGAGUGUGUUGAGAGUGGAUCAAUAUCUUUAAAAAGGAUGACCACCUCUGAACACACUGAAAUGCUUCCCUUCAUUACAAUUUAUGAUUUGCAACAUUUUCUUGUUGAGAUUUGCAACAUUUUCUUUGCCUGGGGAAAAGGACCCUGCAAUGUUUAACAAUGAAAUAUGGGUUGUUCUUGCAGGGGACAAAGGUGGUGGCUAUGUUACGUUUCACGUGAAGGCUGUUAAUAGCAUCAAUUCUGGUUCUGUGGACAAUGUUCAUCUUUACACCAUGUUUGAAGGAGCUGAUACUCUAGAAAAUAUGUGGAAAGUAAUGGGCAUUUUCAGAUAGCAGAUUGUUGCUAUUCAGAAAGAUGACUUCAGCAUUAAUGGUAGGAAGGUUAAGAUUUUUCUAGGUGGAGAUUUUCUUGAAUAUAUGCUAGGACACCAGGGCUCUGCAUCAACUUAUCCCAGUAGCCUAGACCAAGUAACCUUGAAGAAUUUAAGAACUCAUGGUGGUAACCCUCAUACACCCUCUUCUUGCAAGAUUCCUCUGAGGUCAAUUGAAGAUUACACAUUAAGCUAUAAUGAGAAACUUUGUGAUGACAGAUGUGAUGGGAAAAAGAGAGAAUGGUAAAAAUCAUGACAGUGUUAUAGAGCAGAUGUUAUUCUCCAUCAGGAGUUUAGAAUAUGUAAUCCCCCCCCCAUUUAACACAUACUUUUUAGGAUAACUAUGCUUUUAUAUAAUUUUUUAUCGAGUGUUUGCCAACAGAUUGAUCUUGAAAGUAACAUUGGAAAUGAGAGUGUAGGUCAUGAUGGUCAGAGAAAGUUGUUGCAGAGGAGUAUGGUGUUGUCUGAGGAAAACCAAGAGCUGGAGAAGAUUGGAGGGGAUGUCAUUGAGAUUGAAAAUCGGAUUGGCAGGAUGAAGCUGUACUACAAGGGGAGUAUGAGAAAAAUGUAAUUAUUUCUCAGUACAGUACUCUGUUGCCCUACAUCUGUAGACAGUGAUAUCAUAUGGGUGCUAUGUGAAACCUGCAAUACUCUAUGUGAAUGUUUCACCCCCUUAGAGGAGCUAGCAUUGGACAAUAUUGAUAGCUUUUCUUGUCUUUCCUGUAGAGGAAUACAGGAGAGUGAUUUGUUGGACAUUUUUUAAGGAAAGAUAACAGAGAGCCUUGCCAAAGAGGAAACAUUAAAAAUGGAGAUUGCUGGGCUAAGUACCAUUUGUGAUAGAUUCAAAUCUUAGAGUUUUAACAUAAUGGGAAAUAGAGAAAAAUUGUUGAAUAAGAGGCUGGAUGAUAUUAAUGUUGUAAGGCAAGCUUAUCAUGGUAAUGUUUUGUUGGAAACCAUUGUAAGAUUAUGAGAAGUUUUAGCUAAUUAUGAGAAUCUUUGUAAUGUUAUUGCAGAAGACCUGACAUUCAUCAUAAGUUGAGGACAGUAUUUAGCAUCUUUGGCAGGAGUACUUAGCACGUUGGGCAAACAAAGUGUGUCUCAAAAUUUUUUUAUUUUCUCUGGUCCGUCUUUUAUACCCAAAUACAGCUGCAGGAGGGUGGAAAAAUUAUUUGCCAAUUUUUGACAGGGUAAAGUUUCAAGAAGAGGAGGACUUUAAAAAAUCUGAGACAGACUUUGGUAGCUUAGGACCUGUACUUCCUGCUGGUCUAAGUCAGAUUCUGUUACCUCAAACGCAAGGGUACAUAAUAGCUUUUGAAGGUGGUACACUUUUUUACCAGUAAAUUCGCAUGGAAUUUUUAUCUGGCUAGAUACGCCAUAAUCUUGUGCAUCGAAUGAUAUAUAGUUUAUCCAGAUUCCUUGAGCCGUUUGGCCUUUCGGAAGGAAAAACCAAUUUUUGUGUUCAAAACGUUUACCGUAACCUUAAUGAGAAACGUUAGGAAAUCAAGGGACAGGAUUUUGCAAUUGAAUUGUGUGUCAUCUUGUCUGUUAAGCUGAAGAUUUAGGCUCGGAGUAGAGAUGGAGAGCCUUCAGGAAAAGCUCCGUUGAGAUUUUCGUGAGACAUGGAACACAUUUUUAAUGCCUUGCCUCUUUACCCCGAGACAUGAAUUGAGGAAGAACUAUCCCCUAAACACAACAAACAUUAAGGAGAGUGGACUGCGGGCUCUACUUAUUCAUCAUUUAAUGAUGUGCCAGUUAUUCAAGGUAAUCUUGAUGCUCAAAGCAAGAAUUUAAAUUUGCAGUGCCAUUUUUUUUACUUUCUUUUUUCCAUGAUCAUGUCAAUAUGUUCAUCAUUUGUUUUGGUUGCUUUUUUAUCAAAUCACCUUGUUCACCUUUUUAGAUUUCUUGACUUUUUUGAAGUCUCCUAGAUAUAUUGCCUGGGAUUUUCAUUUUUUAAUACAGAAUUUAACAGGUAACUCUGGCCCAAUUGCAAGAUGAGCCACUUCUGUUGCUUUUACAAGCUUACAACAACUCUUUAUCAGGGUGGGUGAAACCAGGGGGCACCAGGGUGGUGAAACCAGGAAGGUUUUCUUGGAAGAUAGCAACAGAAUUCCACAAGAGGACUUGCUUGACCAUCUGGACGGUCUAGAAACAACUGCACUUGCUUCUAGACCUCCAAGAUGCGUCUUUAUGAGGCUCUUCCAGAAUCAGAAACAGUCUAAUGGCACUUUUGGAACCUACUUUCAAGGGUAUGACAAACAUUCCGCAUUUCCUUAUGUGAAGUGAUAAAUACUGCAAUCACCUUAAUCUUUCUUUGACAGUAUUAAAAAACAUCCUUUGAACAUAGUAUUGGGCUUGAAAGGUUCUUUGUAGGCUGGCUCUACACGCAAGCCUAAAAAGAUUGCCUUCUUAUCCAUCACAGAGGAUUUCCAUUUAAUUUGCAAAAUGGCCAGAUACAUGAAACUGUCCUCUUUGUAACAAGGAUGAAAAAUGUUUUGAGCCAAUCAGACUGUUUGUUUACAAUUUGAACCAGCCAAUGGUAUAGCGUCAAAGACAAUAGAAAUCUGGAGAGAAAAUAGCAUCGAAUCAGCCGCAACAGUAACGCUCGCACCUCCUAUCCAAAGCUGUGGGGAAAAACCGGCGCCACAAAAAGUUAACGCUGAACGCGAAAAUUGUCAUUAUUGAAGUGCUUCAUACAAUUAUGCAUAGCAAAGGAGUAUAUCUAAAACUUUGCCGUCCCCAUUUUUGAAAUUCGGUCGUUAACCAGAGAUAAGCGAUGAAACGUUUAGCCCAUUAUUGCCCUGAUUGAAUCUGCUUACGUUGGUUAUGGUUGGUUGUACUCCAAGAAAGCGGCAUCAUGUCAUUUUAUUGAAAAACAGGUCAUUUUGAAAUCUUUUUACAGGUCGUUGAUAAAAUUUAAGCAAAAAAGAAACCUUGAAAAAAUUGUGCACAUUUUACUUGUCAUUUCAAAAAUUGCUUGUUUAAAAAUUUGUAAAGUAAAAUUUGAAACCUCUGCAUGACCUGCAAAAGUUUGAAUCAAACCUUCAACUGAAAAAGCUAUUGAGAUAUAACAAGCUACAUUUUUUGAGUUCUCAUUAUCUUAUUGGAAUACAACGAUCAGGGUCAUUAUUGAGCUUAUAUUUUGUAAAGUGGUACAUUCUCCAACUCGUUUUAAUGAAACUUUGCAAAAAUAUUUGAAUAUAUUGACAUGCAAAGUUGGGAAACCUUGAACCUUUCACUCAACAAAGACGCUCUACAUUUUACAGUAAAGAAGAAUACAAUUCUUGAACCCUCAAGCACUUCGUAAGUUCUUCUGUGUUUUUUCUUAAAUGAAUCCGUACUUAAGUCACUAAAAAAACCAGAGGAUUUAUUUCAGUGGAGAAAGAUAGCGUGGGCCGUUGCGUGCUUAGAGAAAACAUUUUAUCGUUUACUGUCUAACGUUUUGAAGCCUUUAUAACAAUUCGUGUCCACAAAAUUCGUUGACAAAUCGCCUAAAAAACUUUGCCAUGAGAAGAACCAUUGCUUGCACCUACAAAAAUACCAAAAACAGGAAUAGGCAUAUGAUUUUGGAAUAAAUAUUUGCAACAAUGCCGCUAUUUUCUCAAGAUAUGCAUUUCUUCUAUACGCAACACUCUAGAACGCACUCAAUGAAAGAAAGUUGACGGACUGUCUUAGGGUUAAGAACAUGCAAGAAAAAGGCAGAAUGAAGGGAAAAAACCCGAGUUUGAUAAUCAUCUCUCCGUCUUACUUUAAAUAUACGACGUACAUACUUUGUAAGUAAAAAAUUAUUAUGGGCUAUCAGACAUUCAAAAUUGCAUUUGUUUCAUUUGGCCCAGCAGUACAUUAUCUAUCCGAUCUUCAUUGGCUCAAAAACAAAUUCCAGUAAAAUUGAUUCUGCUGUGUAUGUCAAAAGACCAAAAAAGAAGUUUAGAUGCUGAGUGCAAACCAUAUCCAAGUUGGCCUUGAAGAUCAGCUGUCACUAAAACAAUGCCCAGAUGCUUUGAAGAUUAAUACCCUUCAACUCAUUGAUUGUACUGAGAUUUAUAUUAAGAAGACGUCUUAAGGCUGAAAUACACGAUCAGUUUUUUUCUGUCAGUUUUGCCCAAAAAAUUUUUUUAUCUGUUUUGCCAUCAGUUUAACUGAAGGCCCGCAUGUUUACACGAUCAGUCAAAAUUCUUCAGUUUUUCAGUUUUGCAAUGGAUAGCGACACAGAACGUGCUGCCUCUGCAAUUAUUAUUGCCCCAAUUUCAAAACAAAAAAAGAGAAGAAAACAGUGGUCCAAAUGGGUAAAACAAUGGCUACAAAGAAGUUUACAACUUAGAAUGUAUGAUACAUUGCUGAGGGAAUUUCGCCAACAGGAGAAGGAUGAGUACAAGAAGUUUUUAAGGAUGAAACCAGAAAAUUUGACUGGGCCUAGGAACAAAUGAUGAGAUGGAGGUGGACUGUAACUGUAAAUUUGUUUCGUUGUGUUGUAUGCCUAACAUUCCAAAUUGGGCUUGAAGUAACAUUUCUUGAAUUUUUAGUUUUGCAAGUUCCCUGUUUCUUAGGCAGCCUUUCCACUAGCCUGGGUUAAAACGUACCCAGGUUAAAGGUUGUCCGUUUUUAAAGCGAGUCAAUAAAAACAGCACUUUUGUUAAAAUGUAUCCAGGGUGAAAAGUUGUAAGAGAAAUCAGUAUUUGCAUCAAAAAUCCUUCAAUUUCUAUCGAUGUAGGCCAAUGGAAGCAACAUCGACAUCCAGGAUUUUGUUUUAUGAUUUUUGGCGCCAUCUCAAUUUUCAAACGUUGCUGUUGUUGCAAGUGGAUCAAAAGUUAUUCGGGUUCGGCAUUUCCAUUAACUCACAGGUGAGUCAAAAGAUACCCGGGUAAAAACUGACCCACUUUGAGACCCGUUUUCAAACUUGUCCGUUUUUCAAGUGGGUUAGUGGGAAUGCGACGCAGAAACGGAUAACUUUUAACCCAGGCUAGUGGAAAGGCUGCCUUAGGUCAGAGACAGCUCCUAAAACUACAGCCACAUGUUUGCCAAAAAUAUCUUCCGGGUCAUCUUUAUUUUCCUUUUUCGAACUGAAUACUGAAACAGCUUGCUCAAGCAAAACAGUUUCUUGUAAUGUCACUCUUUCGUUUUCUUGAGAGUGGUUUUUUUGUUGAGCCAUGACUUGCAACUGAGGCUGUAUCCCCAUCAUUACUUUCUUCUUCUUCUUCUUCCAAAGUAACGUCCUGGUCUGCUGAUUUUUCGUCAUUAAAACCACCUUAUGUUGGCUCCUCUAAAUCGCUCACAUCUUAAUAUUUAAUUUUAGACACCAACUGAAGAGGAAAGGGCAAAAAUAGCACAGGAAUACGAAAAUUUGUGGAAUUUUCCAAACUGCACCGGGUCCCUGGAUGGCAGACAUGUGCAGAUAAAGUAGCCACAAAAUUCUGGGUCCUACUACUUUAAUUACAAAAACGCGUUCAGUAUCAUACUAUUAGCACUAGUUGAUGCCAACUACAAAUUUAUUUACGUGGAUGUUGGUUCUAAUGGAAGGAUAAGUGAUGGUGGAGUAUUCUGCAACUCUUCCCUUGCUUUUUGGAAACAUGUACCUUUCCAUCUGUGGUACAAGCAUUUGGCAUUAUGUAAGGAUUUACCGAAACUACGCUAAGAAACUAGGCUUCUGAUGAAUUUCACGGCCACUGUAAUGAAAUUAUUAUAAUAUUUCGUGUUUUUUUGCAAGCAUUUGCUGUUGAAUACAUCUACAGCCUCGUUCCUAUCUUUUGAAUAUAAAAACUAGUUGAGCCUGAUUUCUCUUAGAUCCAGUGUUAUUUCUGUCAAAAGUAAAAUGUGCUCAAAUUGAAUUUUCUAUACCAAGACAAACAAUAUUUUAGAAACACAUUACCUGAUAGAUUUAUUGAAGUUCCACUUAAGGAUCUUGAUGCAAACGUGAUGUUUUUUCCUAAAACGGUAGAAAGCUGUAUUUCAGAUAACUCCAUCUUAGUUAAGAAAAUAAGCAGUUAACAGAAAAAGACCUGGUCAUCAUACUAACAAAAAACGUUACAAAUCCUUAUUUGAUCAAUAAUGAUAAUAACAAUAAUUAUUUUCUUUGAGGUUGGCGGGAAAAAGCACUAGGUAGGCCAAUCAAGGGUAACCACUAUUGAUGUAAAAAAUAUUGAUAAAAAUUGUCAAUUACAAAUGCACAUAAGAGCUCCUUUUUCUUCUUUACAUUGUUAACAUCUAGAUUAUUGUUCUGUAUUUUCCCCAUAAAUAUUAAUUUCAAGCUAAUAUAUCGUUUUAUUUUAUCUUAAAGAACAUAUGCAGCUUACAAGAAUUUCCCAUGCACGCGCAGGAGUUAUUCACUCUUGGCCGCUGACCAAAUAUGCUAAAAUCUGGAAGAAAUAUGAUUUAAGACACCAUCAAUGGAAGAGGAAUGGGAAAAAAUAGCACAGAAAUACGAAAAUUUGUGGAAUUUUCCAAACUGCAUCGGGUCCCUGGAUGGCAAACAUGUGCAGAUGAAGUAGCCACAAAAUUGUGGGUCCUACUACUUUAAUUACAAAAACACGUUCAGUAUCAUACUAUAGACCCCUUGCCUCAUGACGUCACGACAGAAAGUAAACACUAUGCGCGUGCAUACUCCUAGUCAAAAAGUUUGUAUAUUAUGUUAAGCCGGUAUCAAUUUGAAGGAUUAGAAGGAAAGAACCACGUUAUAAGGCACAUGGAGAGUUUCUGCAUGCGUGUCUUUUUAUUCAUUAUCAUCUGCCUAUGCUGGAUGUAGGUUUUCAGAAAACAAACACAUUGUUAACAAAUUCUCAGUACAGCUGGUUACAGGUUGCCAUGCGUGCACACAUGGCCUAGCUCCAAUAUAAACAUGAACUUGUCUUUGUUUACUGGUCAAAUCUAAAAUGGCUUUAGAGGAAAAGCUUUUAGACUACGUUCUUGGACUUGAAGCUUGCGCUAGAAAGCAUGAUGCUGGGAAACUGACGUUAGCCGACGGCACAGUGCUUCCUGACCCGUUUCUGCUGGAACAGGAAUGGACUGAUAAUAUAUCGAAUCUGCCGAACUUGUCGUGGGGAGACGUAACUCAAUACUUGAUCGAUUCUCACAGUCAGUUUACCAAUGAAGCUAUGAAAGCAUACAAGUCCCUUGAAGCCUACAAUUACUUUGUGUGUGAACAUGUGCAUGACUGCUACCACCACGCAAUACAAGAGAAGAGUGAAUUCUGCUACAUCAAGUCAUUCUGCUAUAUUAACUUUUCAAGUUAUUCAUUUCAUAGCCUUUUUUCUUGAAAUAACCCCUUACCACUGAGAAGAUAGCUAGAUUCAAUCUGUACUUGUAUGGCAGGACUUGGUUCUUCAUGUAGCCAUAUUGCUGCUUUGCUGUUUAAACUUGAAGCCGCUGUACACUUCCGGUUGAAUAAAAAAAGGGCCUGCACAAGUUAACUGUGUGCAUGGAAAGCAUCGAGAAAGAGUGUACAGCCUGCACCAGUGUCAGCAAUCGAUUUUGGAAGACCUAAGAAGCAUACUUGGCCAGCAAUCAGCACAAGAGAUAUACAGGUAAAAAAUUAUUCAUGCAGCGAUCCAAAAACUGGUAGCAAUCCAAUUUCAAAUGAACAAUUGAGUGCACUCUAUAAAAUAAGCCCAAACUUAGCCAUAUUUACCAGUUUGGAUGUGUCAGCUUAUAUUGACAAUGACAGGGCUGGGGCUGCUAAAAAUGUUCACCAUUCAUCAGGAAGUGAUACAGAUAGUGUAGAUGAAACUGAAGAUUUUUGUAUUCCAGAACCUUUAACCAGUCUAUUCCUUCCAUCCAGUAUAAAUAUGUCUGAUGAAGAGCUUUAUGAAUUUGGGAAAUCCAGAUACUACCAAUAUGUUAACAGCUAUCACCAAAAAGUUUAUGAUAACUUGCAAGAAGUACCAAAAAAACAGUCAUUAUCUAAUGCAUGGAUGGUACAUAGAGCUGGAAGAGUUACAGCUUCUGUGUGUUUUCAAGUUUCAAGAAUGAAAAACAACCCAUCCCUUGUAAACUCUAUCAUGCAGUACACUACCUUUACAUCCAGAUUCACAGAAUAUGGUAAAGAAACUGAGCAAUUUGCAAAACAAAAAUUUCAUGAAAUGGAAGGGAACAAUCAUAAGGAUUUAGUUAAGUUUAACGGGGUAGGAUUACAAGUGGAUGCUGACUAUCCAUUCCUUGGUGCCUUCCCCGAUGGUUUGGUCACUUGUUCCUGUCAUGGAUUAGCAGUGUUAGAAGUGAAAUGUCCAUACAAAUUUAAGGAAAGUCUAGAUGGUUGGCAAAAUGACAAAAACUUUCCAAUUGAUGAAAGCCUUGAGAUGAAACAGGAUCAUAAGUAUUACUUCCAAAUUCAGCUGCAAAUGGAUUUAUGUCAAGCUGCAUUUGGUUAUUUUUUCAUAUAUUCAGGUGGAAGCAAGGAAGGGAUACUUUGCAUUGUUCCAAAAAAUGAACAUUUUGUUGAGGAACUGAAAGCUACUCUCCAGGAAAAAUCUUUUAAUUUUAUUCUCCCUGAAGUAAUUUGCCUGAAAAUGGAUGACAAACUGGAUCAUGACCGGUCUUUAUAUUGUGUGUGUAGAAGUCCAAAGUUUGGACACAUGAUCUUUUGUGAAAAUGAGACUUGUAAAACUAAAUGCUAUCAUUACACUUGUUUAGAUAUAGCCAGGCAGCCAAAGGGCCCAUGGUUUUGCAAUGAUUGUAAGAAAAUGAAGUUGAUAUAGGCAUAUGAUAAAGUUUAAGUUUAUAACAUAUAACAUAUCCCUGUAUUGUAUAUUUCCAGUAUAUUCUUCUAUCUCCAAUACAUAUACUAUGUUAAUAUUUUUACUGAGUAAAAGGGUUUUUGAUACCAAAUUAAGCUAACUUUUGUUUUGUCAGUUUCAACUCAAAAGAUGAUUUUCAAUUUUGCCUAUUCUCAAAUAUCUUUUAAUUGCAUUUGGUCACUUAGCUAGAUUAAAUUUGAUUUUGCCUCAAUAUUUUCCCUUUUUAAGAAUUUUAGGGAAAAAAUGGGCCACAACACUUUUAUUCAAAUUUAUAAUUGCUGAUAUAACUACCAUUACAUUGUCCAAUAAUUUCACUUGUGAUAUCUGUACUGUACUUUGUAAUAAGCGAAACUUUUUUAAGUGUCCUAUGACUCGCUCAACAUGUAUCCUCACAUUAGAUACCUGCCUUGAUUGUUGAACAUCUCUUCCUGGUAGCUGCUGUUUCCCCAUUGUAAAUUUGGUAGUUUUAGAUAUGCUCACCGAGUUCAUCCGCUAUCAAAAAGCCUCUGUCUAGCAAUAUGCAAUCUCCAUAAUUUAGUUUAUCCAAAAAUCAUGAUUCAAGUGUUAUUUGCUUGUCAGAAACACGACCACCCCAACCUUCAGAAAGAAAAAUUACUGCUCCCGCAGGCGUUAUCCCUAUCAAAUACUUCAUAGGAUUGUUAUGUUUAUAGUUUGACCAAGUUUGUGCCAGUGCAGUUAGAUUCUUUGGUCUCUCUAUGAAAAUUCCGCGUUUAUAUAUUUCUUGAUCUUAAUUCACUCUCCAUGUUGAUCAGAUUAUUCUUAAGCUCUGCCACUUCAUCAGCCAGGCUGAUCUCACAUUGAACACCCACAUCAUUACCUUGAAAGCCUCUUCUGCCUCUCCUACACUGCUUUCAGAGCUCGAAUUUUCCAGUGCAUCAAUUUUCCAGGCGGAUGAUAACUUCUCUCUUUUGCUUUUUAAGAUUUUAUACCUAGCUUUCUUUUUUAUUUGCUUUGAAAUUUUCUCUUUUUCUGACUGUGAUGUGUGCGCAAAUAUUGUUGGAACCCAAUUAGGUUGCUCUGGGUCAUCUGAUCUUUUCCCUACGAUACACAAAUAUUUAUCAAUAUUAAUUUUAAAAAUGACCGGUAGAACAUCAUUCAAAGAAAAAUAUACAAACCCAAAAUAGUGUUGUGCCCUACCACUGGUAGCACCAGAAUUGUUUUGUGAUGGAAGGACUUCAACUGGGGAGGGGUGCUGAAAUAUCUUCCUCAUGCCCUGACCUGACAUAAUCAUUUUUUUUGAGUCAGGUUCUCAAAAAGAGCAAAUUAAAGGGUUUAGCAAACUCUUGACUAGCAAGGACAGUUUUCUGCUCAUGUGUUUUUUUGGAGACAUUCUGUACUUGAUGCGAGCGUUUCAGAAAAAGCUACAAGUAGAUGGCUCAAGCAUCACAGAUGUUGUUCUAGAAACAAAUAGAUUAAUUGCAAAGCUGGAGAAUAUCAAUUAUCGCCCACUUUUUGGUUGCUGGGAGGAGAAAUUUUACGACAAUUCUGAUCAAGUUGAUAAUAUACUCUUUGGGACAAUUUUGUGGCAGAAAGAGCAACACAGGAAUAGAAAAUAGAAACUUGUUUGUAUCCGAAACAAACGCUUUUCUGGCAAUCAGGGUAGAAGUCUUGUUGCAUUUGCAGACAUUAAUGGAAAAAUGGCUUGAUGUUGAUAAUCGGGCAAAGAAUACAAAAGCUUACAGCCAAUGAAAAUUAUAUUGCCAUGUGCAAUAGAUGCCUCAGUUGCACAUGGCAGACCAAUAUUUACUUAGAGAUUUGAUAUCAUUUAAAAUUCUUCCUCUCUGCUGAUGACACAAAUCGUUUGCUUUGAAUCAGCAACACUUGAAAAGCUUACUAGGAAGGUUAACAAAAAACUAAAAUAUGUCAAUCAACUCUGUAAGACAAAGUAAAACCAACUUUAUAUUUUUAUUCUUCCUCAACUUUGCUAGAAAUUAAAAUCGAAAUAAGUAAAAAGCACAUUUCCAAGGUAAAAUCCAAUAAAAUACAAACACAUCAAAUUUUCUACGAAGGUGUUACUUGCUAAGGAAAGAAAGGCAUU